AUGGCGAUCCAGUGGGUGCUCCUUAUAUCGCGCCAGGGCAAGGUGCGCCUGUCAAAAUGGUACGGGACUAUGAGUCAGAAGAGCAAGGCCAAGAUUGUGAAGGAUAUUACGCAGAUCAUUCUCGCGCGGCGCUCUCGUAUGUGCAACUUUGUGGAAUACAAGGAGAACAAGGUGGUGUAUCGUCGCUACGCAUCACUGUUUUUUGUCGCAGGCAUUUCGCCGGACGACAAUGAGCUCACGACGCUCGAAGUGAUCCAUCGAUUUGUCGAGGUGCUCGACCGCUACUUUGGCAAUGUGUGCGAGCUCGAUCUCAUCUUCAACUUCCAAAAAGCCUACCAAGUGCUGGAUGAGCUUUUGAUGGCGGGUGAGCUGCAAGAGUCGAGCAAAAAGUCCGUCUUGCGCGUCGUGAUGCAGGGCGAUAACGUAGAAGAGGCGGAAAACGAAGACAACCUGGCGCGCAUCGGCAGUCGGUCUGGUUAG